AUUAUCGAUAUUUCGUAACGAAAAUGUGGCUCCAUUGGUCCCUGCUCGUGAUCUCGGUGGCUUCGGCCUCAGUUCUACAAAUCGAUCAGAAUCUUAAAAAUAUUAAAUUAAUUGAAAGUAAAUUCAUACCGGACGUGAAUGUUUUGCCAGCCGAUCAAACCAUAAAUAUUAACGAUGAAAAUUGGCAACAGGUGCGACGCUUUAUGGAGGAUGGUCUGCCCGUGUUGGAGAUAUAUGGCUAUAAGCCACAGAGGGAUAUACCAUUCACUUUAAUUAUACCCAAAAUUGAUGUACGCACCAUUGAGAAGCCACGCCUCAAGGAGUUUAUGCUCGAGCAUAUGGUACCGGGUCGUGCAUUCGACAAUUAUGCCGAUGAAGAUUCAACAACUGCAGCGUCAUCAUCCGCAUCGUCAUACGGCAAUGGUAAUGGCCAUAAGAUUGUCUUUCGUAAAUUGGAAAAAUCACCAAACAAUGUGGUGUGGCUGUUGAAUGGCUUCCAGAUAUUGCAUCGUGUCCGCAUCAAUGAUAAUUUAAUUGCCCUGGCCAUUGAUGGUUAUUUGGGCGAUCGAAAAUCACCGUAUUCGAAGCGGAACAUACAGGAGGGCAGUAAUAGCCGUUACAAUGAACCACAACGUUUGGAGAUGCGCAACUCCACAGGCAACAUUGCACACACAAAGAACGAACCGAUCCUUAAGGAGUCAAAGGCCAGUCCUCUAAUGUCAUUUCUUGGCAGCAUGAAAAGUGGCACAAAAGUUUUCCAGCAUUUCCUUUCGAAAAGUAAUCUGACACAAAUAAUGGACGAUGGCUCGUUUACAAUUCUCAUACCCACCGACAAUGCCUUUCAACGUUGGCAUCCCAUCGAUUGGGGCUUCUAUCCAUUUAGUGUACAGGAGUUUACGGAAAGUGUGCUGCGCAAUCAUUUCUUGCCCACCCAAAGGCCGUUGCGUAUGGCCGAUGUAAAGAAUAUGGAUCAGAUGGCGGUACGCACAAUGGGCGGUGAGAGUGUGGUGUUUAGGGGACAACCUGCACCCAAUGUCAACAAUGUUUCCAUAAUGUCCGAUUACACUCUGUCCAAUGGCAAUCAAGUGUUUAUCAUAUCCGAAGUUUUGUUUGUCUCCGAGGCUGUUGUCUCCAAACUGCAUCAGAUGCACAAGGACAAAGAGACCCCACCGCUGUUGGCCUUCCCAUGGUUUGGUGCCCAGUUUUUAUCACAUUCCUUUUUGGCUUUGGAACGAGAUCCCAGAUUUACACAAAUCACAAGGUUUUUAAACAAUGCUGAAAUUGCACCACAUGUAUCCGGUGCCAAUUACACAUUCUUUGUUCCAGACGAUAAAGCCUUCGAGAGAUUGGGCUUUGAUAAGCUGAGUGAUGAUGUUAUGGCAUCACAACGAGGUGUCAAAAUGCUAUUGAAUCACUUUGUCAAAGGACGUUUGUACAAUCGUGAUCUAAAGGAUAACGAAGUGUUCGAGACGAUAGGUGGUGGUCACAUUAAAAUUACCCGAAAUCCCGGUAGCAAUGCAACGAGUGUUAAUAAUGCCAAAAUAAUCGAAAGUGAAGUGUUCGUUUAUAAUUUGGGCACAAUGUUCUAUAUCGACGAUAUCCUCUAUUCACAUUUGCUGCGCGAAUAUGUCAUCAAACACAAGUCACGGACAAAUUAUGCCGGUGGCAAUAAUGGACGUUCAUCUACACUGGGCACACCCACCGAUGUUGAAAUUGUACCCAAUGAAUUUGAACAGAGUGGCGGUAAUGGUGGCGGUGGAGGAGGUGGCGGCGGUGGUGAUUAUUCCAUACACGAUGAAGAUUUUGAUGAUGAAAUUAUAACGCCCAAGGCGCUUCCCGUCCAAUUUUAUGAAUUACCCAAAUAAAUGCAGGAGCA